AUGAUGAUAUGUAAGUUCAAUGCGGAAAUCAAAAAAUUUUUGUUUAUUUUUUGCCUCUUCUUGCUUCACAUAAGAAUUUUAAAUUGCCAAUUAAUAAAAUUAGAUGGGCAAAAAACUAAUACUUAUUAUAUUCUUUAUGUUUUGAAAGGUUUAUAUAUAUAUGGAAAAGAUGAUUCUCCAUAUGUAAUAUUAGGGAAAAAAAAAGAUAUGGAAUUUAAAGAGCCUCAUGCUAUCUUUGAAAAUAUAGGUGUAAGUACUAUUGACAAUAGAAACACCAAAUAUUUUAGUUUUGAAAUGGAAAAAAAUAAAGAUGAAGAAAAAAAUGGCAACAAUAAAUCAAAUGAAAGGAAAAAUGAUGAUACUGGGGAUAAUGAUGUAAAGAAUAAAAAAGAAAAAUUUAAAAUAAGUUUAUAUAAGGAUAAUCCUUAUCUUCGCAGAAAAACAGAAUAUGAAUAUUCUAAAGAUACAGAAUCCCUUGAGUCAUCAGAAUUAUUUUUAGAAUUAAUUAUUAUGAAAGAAAAAGACUUUAGUAGAUUUUACUUACCUAAAGAUAGUGAUGUUUGCUGUCAAAUGCAAGAAGUUGGUAUCGAUGAAAAUGAUAAAUAUGUUUGUCCUGAAAAAGGGUAUUUAAAGAGAUACGUAAAUGAAGAUAAUAUGUAUUCAAUGAAAUUACCAGUUUAUUUUAUAAAUGAUAGAAUUAAAAGUGAUCAUAAUGCAUCGUCAGAAAUGGAAGUAAACCAGGAACAAUUUUUAAAUAAAAUUAAGAAUAAUUUUGUAUAUAACAUUAAAGACACGGAUAUUUAUGCCUUAUUUUUAUCAAAUUGUCAAGAUGGCAAAAACUAUGAAUUAUAUUUACAUGGAAAUAUUCAUAUUUUAAAUCAAUAUGGUUAUUUACCAGGAGAUAAAAUAUCUAAAUUAAAUUUAUAUUUUUCAUGCAUGAUAAUUUAUUCUAUUUAUUUAUUAACGUGGAUUUAUUUAUUAAUCAGAAAUAAAAAUUUUGUUAUCAAGAUUCAAAUAUGGAUUUUAGUUUGUAUAUUUUUAUAUCUAAUGGAAAAUUUUUUUUUAUUUCUUUAUUUUCUAGUAUAUAAUUUAUAUGCAAAAGUCAAUAAUAAUUUACUAUUACUAUCGGUUUUCUCUAGUAUUUUGAAAAAUGUUUGUUCAUACCUUUUAAUUUUAUUAGGAUCAUUGGGUUGGGGAUUAGUUAUUCCAACUUUAGACAAGAUAACUUUUAUUAAAAUAAAAGUCUUAUUUUUUUUUUUUAUAAUCUUUGAUUUUAUAAAACAAUUUAUUGACUUACAUUUUUCGGAUUCACAAAUCAAUACAAUUUAUUUCUUUUUUUGCAUUAUUCCUGUAACUAUUAUUUAUUGUAUAAUUUAUAUAUGGGUUUUUACUUCUACUAGCAAAAUUAUUAUUCAAUUAAAUGAAGAUAAACAAUAUGAAAAAUUAAAUAUGUUUAAGACAUUUUUCAAUGUUUUAAUUUUUACCAUAAUAUUUUCUAUCAUUUCUUUUUUUAUUGAUAUAAUGGUAAUAGUAUAUAUAGAUAAUACUUUCUGGAGCUUAAAAUGUUAUAUAAGUGAAGGGAUCAUCAGCUUCUUAUUUUUAAUUAUUUUAACCGCUAUGAUGAUUUUAUUCAAGCCAUCUGAUAGACUUAAAAGAAUUUCUCACUUUACUGAAAUUGGAGAUAUGGAUGAGAUGGAAGACUUUUCGAAUUUCAAAAAUGUUGUAGAAGAUGUUUCAUAA